AUGUUCGGGAACGCAACACCAAAAAAGGCUAUCACCUUCACGAAAUACAGCUAUCUACAGUUAUCCCAUGUGUUCCAGCGACUGAUCGAGGAAAUGACGAAUUAUUUAGAUAAGGCGAAGUCCCAUGAAAUGGCUAUCUUCCAGCGAUACGUGGACAAGUAUUCUACAUAUCACGGAACAUCUACAUUAUUCCACUAUUGUUGCGCGACAGUCGUUGUGGUCGCAACCUUGUUCUUGGAACAGCCGUUCCCCGUGGUCACCGAGUACCCAUUCCGCGUCGAUUACGAACCGAUCAGAACAAUCAUUUUCCUAAAUCAUUCUUUCGUCGCUUUACAAAGCAGCUCGAGUAUAAGCUUGAACACGCUAACAUCGUUGCUGCUUUUAUUCGCUGCAGCACGAUUCGACAUAUUCAUGCUACAUUUGGGAAAGGCUGUUACUGUCGCCGACUUAAAGGAAUGCAUGAAUAUGUACUAUGAUGUGAAAAGGUUCAUGAAUUUCUUCAAUUUAGAUACGCACAUGAUGUCGUUGGCGGCAUCCAAUACAUAA